AUGCAUUAAUUUGAGAAUGAAACAAAGAAAUUUUUGGAAGAAUUAAAAAAUGGAUCCAGCAACAUUCUAGUAACAACCUUUCUAUUUUUCAGGUAGCUGUAAGAGUUAGGCCUCUAAAUUUGAAAGAAAGAGGCGUUUCAGAGUUUGAAACCAUUCGAAUACUCGAUGGCAAGAUGAUAGUGUUGAUGGAUCCAGAAUCAGAAAGAGAAGAUGAAGUAUUGACAUUAUAUAGAAUAGUUAUUAAGAAAAAAUAGGUUGAAGGAAACUAAUUUUGCAUUUGAUUUUGUUUUUGAUCAAUGGGCUCCUCAAUAAAAGAUCUACGAAAACACCACCGAGUUUUUAUUGGAGGGAGUAUUGGAAGGAUUCAAUACCACUGUAUUUUGCUAUGGCGCGACAGGUUCUGGCAAAACAUUCACGUAUACACUAUAUUGAUGGCAAUAGGAUGAUCGGAACCCAAUAGGAUGUUGGUUUGAUGCCCAGAGCAUUGCAAUCCCUUUUUAAUUACUCUCAAUCCGAUCGAUUCAAAGACACUCAAUUCAAGGUCUCUUACGUUGAAAUCUAUAAUGAGAACAUACGAGAUUUAUUGACAUCAGAAGAUAAAAAUUUAGAAAUUAGGGAAGACAAAAAUAAUGGAAUAUAAAUAGCAGGCGUCAUUGAAAUUGAAGUCAAAACAGUUACUGAAGUCUUAUCCCUUUUAAAAGUUGGAAAUAGAAAUAGAUCCAAAGAGGCAACCGAUGCAAACAAGGAGUCUUCUAGAUCUCAUGCUAUCUUAUAAGUUUAAGUCGAAUGCAAAGACAAAGCCUCUGGAUUACAGGAACAGAUUAUUCAAAGCAAAUUCAGUUUGGUGGAUUUGGCAGGUAGUGAAAGAGCUGCCAACACAAAUAAUAGAGGUUAAAGAAUGAUAGAGGGAGCUAAUAUCAACAAAUCAUUGUUAGUUUUAGGCAAUUGCAUUUAAUCACUCUCAGAAGCUAAUGAAAAAGGAAUCAAAAAUCCAUUCAUACCCUUUAGAAAUUCUAAAUUAACCAGAUUGUUAAAAGAUUCCUUGGGUGGUAAUUGCAGAACCGUAAUGAUAUCUAAUGUUACCCCAGCUGUCAGUAGUUUUGAAGAAACCUACAAUACUUUGGUAUAUGCAAAUAGAGCCAAGAAUAUUAAAACUGUUGCCAAUAGGAAUGUCUUAGUUGCAUAAAAUCAUAUCAGUAAUUACGCACUGUUAAUUUAAAAUCUACGACAAGAAAAUGAGGAACUCAAGCAAUUGAUUCAAUAAUAACAACUGAAUUCCAUUACUCCUUAAACAAGUAAGCAAGUAUAUCUAUUAAUUAGGGUUGCCAUCACUUAACCAAAAAACAAUUCCAGUUCCCCCCCCCAUAUUGAGUUUGAAAUAACAAGUCAAUGAAUUGGAAUCAAUGAUCAAUCAAAAUAUAUCUGAUAUUAUUGAGGCUAAAAACAAUUUAUACGAAAUGGAACAAUAGCAAAAUCAUUUUCAAUAGAAUAUAGGAUUUCUGUAAUAUCAAAAGGGUCGCUCUCUGGAUAAAUUUGAUUAGAUCAAAAUAAUGGAGAAAAUUGAUAAUGCCAAAACACAAAAAGCUAUCCUCAAGUAAAGUGAGGAUGACAUGAAACAGCAAUUACUUGAAUAUGACAUCAAGAAAGUAGAUAUUUAAAAGCAGAUCUAAUAAAUCCCUGAUUUAAAUUAAAAGAAUUAUUUGUAAGGAAUCCUCAAAUAAGGAGAACUAAAAAUAGUAAUUAAUUUAAUUAUAAUUUAAUAGGAAAAUGUUGAGUUACAAAUUUAGGAAAAAAAAAGAAGAUACCAGGAAUCUAUCUAAGAUGAGUAAGUCAGACAAUUAAGAACUUAAAUUCAUUAGCAAUAAUAAACUAAACAUGUUUAAAGUGCAAAAUCUAAAUCUAGCUAACAAAAUGGACCAAAAAAGGGUAUCUCUCCAAUUUUAGCUUUAUAGUUCCAAGUCUGCCUGGAGUAGAUUCUCCUUAUUAUUAGAUUACAGGAGGAUAAACCUAUGCUAUACAAAGGUAUUCAUAUUAAAUUGUAAUUUUAGCAAACACUAAAAAAAGAAGUCUCAUCUUAAGCUACCACCUGUCUUAUAGAUGGCUUAAUUACAAAAAUCUCCUAAAACAUAAAACACAAGUCUGAAUAGUAAGAGUAUCAAUCUAAUAGGUAAUCCGCUGAAAUAUCGAAUGGCUCAAAGAUACACUACUAGAUUGAAUAGACCUCCAUCGUAUCGUCCUCCAAGUUCUUCUAGAAAAUCUGCGAUUGGAAAAUAUGUGAAUAGAUCAUUGGAUUUGGAGAGUGGUAGAGAAAGUGUCAAUAAAAGCUCAGGGGAUCUGUAGAACUCAGUUAGUCUUAGAAAACUUAAAUAAUUGCAUUAAGAAUAUCAGUAAUAGAGAUUUGAAAGAGUCAUGAGUGGCAAAAAAAAUUAAAAGUCGAUGCCGUAUUUUGGCAAUAAGAUUCUUUUGCCAGGUAUGGUUCACAAAUCCCCCUAUGUUAAAAAUUUUUAGAACAAUCAAGAGCCUAUUGAAAUUAAAAAGGAGAGACUGAAAAUGCUGAAUAUUAAUCUUAAAGCUUAAUAUGGCGAUAAAUUUUCGCUGUAAAAUUGA